AUGAAUGCAAAUUCUGCUAACGAUGGACAUCAUUCCUUCGGUAUACCUGUCAACAGUCCAGGUAAUCAAAGUCCUCCAUCGAAUAUAAGCUCACCUCCUUCAACUAUUCCAAGUAAUAACGUAGCAGGUGCAAUGUCUAUACCUCAAGGUAACAUUGGAGCACCUGUGAAUCCCGAAACAAGGAAGGCAAUGUUAAUGCAACAACAAAAGCUUCAACAGCAGAAACAACGAUUGUUACUUCAACAACAACAGCAGCAAGCCUUACAUAAUUUUGAAAACCAGUUUUACCAAUUAUUGAUGACAAUAAAUAAGAGGCCUAAACGAAUUUACAAUUUUGUGGAAGAUACUGAUUCAAUCUUGAAAAAAUAUGAACAAUAUCGUCCAAGUUUUGAAUUCCAUAUUUAUGAAAACAAUUAUAAAAUUUGUGCCCCAGCAAAUACCAGAUUACAACAACAACAAAGAUCCCCUGAAAUAUCCAACGGUGGUUUGGUAUUAAAUAAAAAUAAUGAAACUUUAAAGGAAUUCUUGGAAUAUGUCGCAAGAGGUAGAAUCCCAGAAGCAAUUAUGGAAGUCUUAAAAGAUAGUAACAUUCAAUUUUAUGAAGGAAAUUUAAUUCUUCAAGUUUAUGAUCAUACAAAUACAGUGGAUAUCAAACCAAACGAAACGAAGCAACAGCAACAGCAGCAACAGCAGCAACAGCAACAGCAACAACAACCGAACCAACCUCAGUCAUUAAAUGCUACCUCUCAGAAUCAAAACAUCAAACAAGAAUCUAAUGUUCAAUCGUCGCCUCCAGUAUCAAAUAACGCAGUAAAUAAACAACAAUCUCCUGCACAAUCGUCACCAUCAUCCACUCAAAAUCAACAGCACCAGCAGCAACAACAGCCAACUAUAAAACGACCUAGAGUAUAUAGAACAUUACUUAGACCGAAUGAUUUGACAAAUUAUUACGAUAUGAUGUCAUAUGCAGAUUAUACAAGAUUUUCAGACGGUGUCUAUCAACAAUUAGAAUCAGAAAUACUAUCGUUAACAAAACGUAAUUUAAAUCUUUCAGUCCCAUUGAAUCCAUAUGAACAUAAAGAUAAAUUAGAAGAUGAAUUAUUUACUGAACCAUAUUGGGACUCCAAGGAAAGUAAAAUAAUACAUACUUACAGAGAAGAAUGUAAAUUAGAUGGAACAAAGGGACAAGUUGGUCACAUUGAAGAACAUGAAGAAUCACCUCAACAUUCAUCAAACUACGAACAAUUGAUGUUGAUUAUGAGUGAAAGGACAUCAACUACUACAAAUUCAACUUUUGCCAUAACAUUAGCUAAAAAUUCUUCAAAGGCCAAUGCUGGUAUUAAUACAGCAAAUGCUUCUUCGAAAGGCAAUAAUAACACGUCAAAGGCUAGCAGUAUAUCGGCAAGUAAUUCUGGCGCUUCCGGUGGUCUGUUAUCAGCAUCAAAUUCAUCAAACUCAGUAAGUGCGAACCAAGUAUCCAUCAGUGCAGCGGGUACUAAUGUCGCGAAUGAAAAUAAUCAAUUCAGUAGAUUAAAAUUCAUUGAACAAUGGAAAAUAGCUAAAGAGAAGAGGAAAUUACAACAACAGCAACAAUUUAUGAAUAAUAAUAAAAAUAACUCUCAAAAUAGACCUACAUCUGUGAUAGGGUCUGCUGCUGCUGGAAGUGCUAUGGCAACACCAUUUAAUGCCAAGAUUUCAAUGACAGCACCUUCUUCAGCUCAAGGCCAACAACAACAAAAGAAUCAAAAACAACCCGGGAAAGGUACCAAACGUGGUGCUGGAAAUAAAUCUGCAAGUGAUACACCAAAGCCAAAGAAACCUCGUAAAAACAAAGAAAAUACAAAUACAAAUACGAUACGAGUUCAAAUGCAGAUGGUAGCGCUACCACCACCACUACCACUGCAGCUGCGUCUACAAAAUCGGCAGCUCCUAAGAAGAAAAGAGUUACUAAGAAGAAACAACCAGCUCAACCAAAGCUACAGCAACAGCAACAGCGACAAACAGGAACACCUGCUCCGCUGCCACCAUCGUCGAAUGGCCAGGAUUUACCAACAUAAGUUAUUUAUGAGAUUAUAUAUAUUACUAUAUAUAUAUGUUAUGAGCGUCGCGGAAAUAUGGGAAAUGAUUUUUACCUGUAAGCAAGAACAACAACAACAGCAACAACAUAAUACCAUUAUUAUUUAUACGUGUUCAGACAUGUCACAUAUUUAUUUCUACGUUGUACGUACAUGCGCUUUAAAGUAA